CCUUGUAAUCCGUGGUGAAAAGGAUGAACAAGCAGUGUUGUGCAGCAAAGAUAAAACUUACGACAUGAAAAUAGCAGAUACCUCAAAUAUGCUGCUGUUUAUUCCUGGUUGCAAAACUCCAGAACAGCUGAAUGCAGAUCUAGCAUCUUGUAAUAUUAUUCAUUCACAGAUUGCUGGUUUCUCCAAUAACUAUUGGGAAUUAAGGAGGUGUCGACCAAAACUGAAGAAACUGAGGAAGAUUUUAAUGGAAGAUCCAUAUGAAGGGCCUGAUAGUCGGAAAGAUCAGACUUUGACAUUUUCAAAGUAUACAACAGAAGAUUUGUUAAGUCUGAUUCAAGCAAGUGAAGAAGAAAUACUGCACCAACUGCAGGUCAUAGAUGCUUGCAAAAUUGAAGGUUAUUGGAGAAUUCUGGAAUUUGACUAUGAGAUGAAACUCUUGAAUCAUGUGACUCAGCUAAUAGACUCAGAGUCCUGGUCUUUAAGUAAGGUUCCUUUACGUACCUGCAUUGAAGAACUUGGAUCUCUAGAGCCCAGAGAGAUGAUAGAACACAUUCUUCUAAGCUAUGGAAGGAAAUACGUUGAUGAUGGGGAGGUUUACUUUGAAAUGCAUGAAGAUAAAAUCUGCAGAGCUAUAGCACAAAUGCUUUUGCAAAAUGCAGUUAAAUUCAAUCUGUCAGAGUUUCAAGAAGUCUGGCAACAAAGUGUCCCUGAAGGGAUGACAACAAGGCUUGAUCAACUGAAGGGCUUGGCUCUUGUGGAUAAAAGCUCCAGACCAGAGACCAUCUUUCUGCUGAAAGUAGAAGACUUACCUGAAGACAGUCAGGAAAGAUUCAACAGCUUAUUUGGCAUACGGGAAAAGUGGACAGAAGUGGAUAUUACCCCUUACAUACAAGACUUGUGUGCAGAGAAGCAAACCGUUGGUGCUCUUCUGACAAAAUACGCUCGUUCCUCCAUGCAGAAUGGUGUUAGAGUUUAUAAUUCUAGGAGACACAUCUCAUAA